AUGGUGGGCGCGGGCGUUUCGCUGAUCUCCUUCAACAUGACGAUCCGCCCCGCGGCUCCGCGGCGGGCGUUACGCGACGGUUUCUCGCUGGAGGAGGGUCUGCAGAGCGAAGCCACGGGGCAGAACGCGCGUCUGCUGGAGGCCUGCCGGGAGUGCGGCGAAACCGCGGGGCUGUCGCAGUCGGUGCGGUUCGGCGCGUUGCCGCCGAUUCUGGCGGUGCAGCUGGAGCGGUUCGACGUUUCCUUCGUGACGGCGCGCGUGGUGCGCGAGGGCAAACCGCGGAACGAGCCGCGGUACGUGCGUCGCAAGGUGGGCGACGCGGUAGCGUUCCCGACGCGCGGCCUGGAUCUGCGGUCGUGGGCGGGGGACGAAGCAGCGGUCUACGACCUGGUGUGCGUGUGCAACCACAGCGGAACCGCGGACAGCGGACACUACUACGCGUACUGCUGCGACGAGAUGGACGGAGAGCGGCGAUGGUUCUCUUAUAACGACGAUCUCGUCGUGGAAAUCGGGGAAACCGAGGUCGUAACGCCCGAUGCGUAUCUGCUGUUCUAUCGGCGAACCGACUGCCAGCAUGACGUGUAUGCCGCCAUGAAAGAGCUCGUCGCGCCGCUCCCUGCGCAGCCAGACCCCGUGUCGAACCGCGGGGAGCCGGAGAUGGUGGAAAUGGGGAAACCAUUUUCGACGUAUAGCGCUGCGCGGUCGGUGGGGGUGAUUUCGUCGUUGAUGUGCAUCGAGGAUAUUCAAGGAUAUAAAAACAUCGGAGGGAAGAACAUGUCCAAGAAGAAUCGGAUGGUUUCGUGGAGACGAACCUCCCAGUCGAUCGACCGGACGGACAGGCUGUCGCUGAAGACGGGGGAGGUGGUGAUGAAGCCGGAAUUGGAAUCGGAUGAGUGGAAGAAGUUUUGUGCGGAUAAAAAGAAGCUAAAGAGUACGGUCUUGUAUACGCUGGGAGGAAUUGCGAUUCUUGGUUUGUUGAUCAUGAAGAAUUGA